AUGGCGACGACGGACUGGCGACUAACUCCGCAGAACGUGGUCUCGACCGAUGGCGCCUGCGACGGCGUCAAGUGGCCCGCGCUCGUCUUCGGCUCAUACCAGGCCGCCAACGAGUGGCUCAUCGACGUCGAGCACCUCCGGCGGCUCAAGCCGACGACCGACGUCGAAGACCGCGUCGUCUUCUACUUUGGCCGGACGAGCCUGUCGCCCAACGACACUACACAGGUCGCGCUUCUGCCGGCCAAGACGCUCGACGCGACGCCGUGGUCGGCCGACGACGACUAUAGCAGCGAACCCAUGUACAGAAACGCUGUCGAGCUUGCGACACAGUUUGCCAACGCGCCAACCAAGCUCAAGGCGUGCGAGAUCGUCUUUAACUCGUCGCUGGACAAUGGCGUCGUGACCGACAGCCAAGGCCUCGUGUCGCCCGGCGUGCACAUCGCCGACGACGAGCGCGAGUGGGGACUCCUCUUCGAGUCGAUUUGGGAGAUUCUCGAGGCCGAUGGCUGGAGCCUCCUCACGUGCUCGGGCGACCUCGCCUACCUCAUGCCCGGCGUCUCGUUUCUCAACUUCACGCCCGGUGUCACCGUCCACACGUCCAAGAAGGCGGCCUUCAAGAAGGCGCUCGACGAGUACGCGUCGGCCGAAGCAUCCGAGUCGAGCGAGCGCGUCUGGAGCAUCAUCUGGGACUACAUGGAGACGCACAAGCAGUGGAAGUCGUUCAAGAUGCGCAACAACGACGUCAUGUACCACGUGCCCGGCAUCAACGUCAUGGACCUGGUCCCGAACGUCAACUUUUUUAUGAACAAAAAAGACGCGGUGCUCAAGUUUACGAGCGAGCGCAAGAGCCUCGUCAAGAAGCGCAAGUCGCCGGAUGGCGUCGAAGAUGCGCCCCUCGCCGCACCGUCGCCGCCACUCGUCGCGACCGCCGAGCCCGAGACAACCGUGGCGCCCACGACGACGACGACAACGACAACCACCACAACCUCGGCGCUCCAGCCCGUCGCACGGACCAAGAAGACAAAGAAGCGCGCUUUGAACGAGUCGAGCGACAAGGAGAACAGCGACGUCAACAGCCGGUCGUCGACCUCGCACCGCCGGCGCUUUGCCGACGCCGAGUUCCCAUUUGCGCGUCUUUACAGCGUCCUCAAGGAGUUUGGCUGGACGUACGUCGCAAGUACGUUUGGCUACAAGUACGUGGCGCCCGGACGGGACGCCAAGGGCGUCGAGGGCGUCGACCACUUUCCCAAUGAAGAAGCCGUCAUCGAGUUUCUCCAGGCCAAAGGGCAUCUCCACGCGAUCCAAGCGCACCUGCGCGGAGGCCCAAUGCCACAGCUGGAUUUCAACGGCUCCACCGUGGCCCAGCCGCUUGCGGACAAGCCCGUGCCGGCCAAGCCUGUCGAGCCCAAGCCUAUCGAGGUCAAGCCGGUCGAGGCCAAGCCCAAAGUGGUCAAGCCCACGAAGCAACGCCUCUCGUUCUCGGGCGUCGAAAACACACCAGUCGCACCGGACGCCAAGAAGAAGACCAAGUCAGUGGUCAUCUCGGCCGAGGACGACGACACGUCGCCCAUCAAGACGACGACGGUCGCCAAGAAGGCAGUUGGCAAGGCCAAGAAGUCAAAGGCAACGGACGGUGACGCUACCAAACCCAAGAAGGCGGCAGAGGCUGACGCUACCAAGCCCAAGAAGACGGGCCGCAAGGCAGCACUCACUAUCUCGACCAAGGCAGCGAGCAAGGCCAAGGAGGCUGUGGCGGUGUCGCCGCCUCGCCGGGCGACGGGCUUCAAGUGCAGUUUCGGGCUUGUGUACCGCGUGCUGCAGAGCCGAGGCUAUACGCACAAGACGGGUCCGAUGGGUUACUCGUACUUUAAGCCUGGCAAGACCGAAGCGAACGGCGAGCUCAACGUCGACUACUGGCACAAUGAAGUGGACCUCGAGCUCUUCCUCAAGCGCACGGGCGAGUGGGCACGCAUCUCGCGCAUCCUCGAGCGCUCCUACAACGGGUACUCGACGACCGAGAGCUCGCCAGAGGCCACCGGUGCGGCGUCCGAGGCGGGCACGCCGGCGCCCACGUCGCCCGUCCCGCGCUUCAACGUGCCGCUGUCAACCGCUGCGGCCGCGUCCGGGCUCUUCUCGCCCGACCGAAGCAACGACGCCGACGACGAAGACAUGAGCGUCGAGUCGUCGCCCGAAGCCAAGAAGACGGAAGUCAAGAAGCCGGUGCUUACACGCGCCAAGACGCAGCCCAAGGCGACCAAGAAGGCUGCCAAGUCGUCGGUGACGAUUCCUCCAUUCGAGAUGAAGUUUGGUCGGCUCUUUAGCCUCCUGCAGAAGCGCGGAUGGCGGUACAAGAACGGUCUUCUCGGGUACGAAUACGCCGAGUACAAGGACCGGAAGGAGCUGCGGUCGUUCCACUCGGAAGACGACCUCAUCGCGUACCUCAAGCAAUCCAAGCAAUAUGCCGGUCUCGAGAAAGAGCUCCAGAAGGAACACCGACGUCGGUACAUUUACGAGUCGUCGACCGAGGGCGGGUCGGCGUCGGAGGCGCUCGUGCUACCGUCCACGUCCGAGGACGAGACCGCGAACGGGACGUACUCGUUUGCCAACAUUUGGCCAGUCCUCAAGGCGCGCGGGUGGACCGAGCGCAAGCCCAACACGAUGGAAGACUCGGCGUACACGUACUGCAACCCGCGCGGAAAGGUCUACAACAAGUCGGGGGUCGUGACGUACGCCAAGCUCGUCAAGGUCCUCGACGACACCAAGGAGGACGACGAGAGCGACAACAGCGACUCGGACUCGUCCAGCGACGAUGACAGCGAGGUGAGUGACGUCGACAAGCAAGACGACGAGACGGAGGUCGUCAUCCACAAGACGCCGUCAACCAAGGCCAUUGUGUUCGACACGCAGACGGCACCUGUUGUCGUCGAUGUCGUCUCGUCGUCGAGCGAAGAGGAGACGACGCCGACAACGACGUCGACGUCGACGCUGACGUGGCAACCGCCGGCCGACGAGGCGACACAGGUGCUCUCGUCGCCGGUCUCGUCGCCGGCCAAGAGUGCAGCCUCGUCGCCGGUCUCGUCGCCAGCCAAGAGCGCGGCCUCGUCGCCGGCCAAGAGUGUGGCGUCGCCGGAGAAGGGCCCGUCGCUCCUUGAGCAAGAAGUCGCGCGCGUGCUCGAGAACCUCAGCCUCGCGCACCGCCCGGACGCGAUGCCGCACCGCGCCAAGCAGCAAAAGAUGCUCCAUGACUUUGUGCGCCGCUGCGUGCAUCAAAAACAGCGUGGCAGCGCGUACGUCUCGGGCACGCCGGGCACGGGCAAGACCGCGCUCCUCCGCCUCAUGCAAGAGCAAAUCGCCAAGGAGUGGUCGAGUGCGCACCAAGCCACGCCCCUCUCGGUCCUCAACCUCAACGCGAUGGCGCUCAGCGACAGCAACGGUGUCUUCACCACCAUCGCGCGCAAGGUGACGAAGCGGUCGUUUUCGUCGACGGCCGAUGCGAUCGCGGCGCUCGAGAUCGCGUUCCAGAGCACGACCACAACCACGUUGCUCAUCCUGGAUGAAAUCGACGUCUUGCUCAACGGCAAGGGCGAGAGCGACCUCUACCGUCUCUUUGAGUGGGCGCACCACCCGUCGUCGUCGCUCAUUUUCAUUGGCAUCGCCAACUCGAUCGACCUCACCAACAAGUACAUUCCGUACUUGCGCACACGGUCGUGCAUCCCGGUCGUCGUCAUGUUCCGGCCGUACGACUACGACGCGAUCCACAGCAUCCUCGAGGCGCGCAUCGUCCGCGACAGCCUCUUGCCCAAGGCGCUGUUUGAUCCCGUCGCACUCUCGUUCCUCUCGCGCAAGAUCGCGCAGCUCAACGGCGACAUUCGCACGGCCUUUGACAUUUGCCGGCGCGUCCUCAACCAAAAAGCCGAGAAGGAGAGCGGGACCAAGAGCUUUGCGGUCUCGCUCAUGGAGAUGUCGGCGACGCUCAAGCUCGUGGUCGACUUCCAGGGCUCCAAAGUGCUGCAGACGCUGCCGCGCAACACGCAGUUCAUUGUGUACGCGACCACCAAGAUGCAGCCGCGCGUCGCCAACGUCUUCUCGAUCCACGAGACGUACGACAAGUUUUGCGAGCUGAGUCGCAUGGCCGGCACGUCGGCGGCGGCGAUCAUGACGCUGCGCGAGUUUUACACGCAGCUCGAUACGCUCGCGUCGCAGAACCUCUUGACGCUCAACCAAAAGAAGGAGUCGUUCCGGCUCUUCAUGACCAAGGAAGAGAACGAAAAGAGCUUGGGCGUCGACCCGUACUUCAAGGCCCUCUUACGGCAGUCGUCCAUGUCCCCCUAGUCGUUCGUCUUGACUUUGACCGUAGUUGACCACCCACUUAUUUUAUCUUCCCGUAUCUUCAAGGUCCGCAUCAUCAUGUAUCAUCCUCC